AGAGAGGUUCUGCCUUCUUCUUCCUCUGCUUCCUCUGCAGUGCUGCUUAUCAUCCAAAACUUUCUUCAUCUUCUCUCUCCAAGCAAACCAUCAUGAGUCGUGUUUCCUAUCGAGCAUCCUCCGGAGGAGCUAACAGAGGCUUUACCUCCGGCUCUGCAAUUGUUGGUGGUGGUGGUGGGAGAAACAGUUUCAGCUCCUACUCAGUCUCUCGAGUUGGAGGAGCAAGAGGUGGAGGGGGUGGCAGCUAUGGACUUGGUGGAUUUGGCAGCCGAAGCCUGCACAACAUGGGUGGAAGCAAACGAAUUGCCUAUGGAGUUAGUGGAGGUCUAAGAUCUGGUUACGGUGGAGGAUACGGCCUUGGUGGAGGAGCUGGUGGAGGAGCUGGUUUUGGUUAUGGUAUGGGUGCAGGUGGAGCUGGCUAUGGCAUGGGUGGAGGUGCUGGGGGCUUUCUGGUAGGUGGAUCAGGUUUUGUAAGAGGUGGUCCAGGUUUUCCAGUUUGCCCCCCUGGUGGCAUCCAAGAAGUGACCAUCAACCAGCACCUCUUGCAACCUCUCAACCUUGAGAUUGACCCAGAGAUUCAGCGAGUGCGUUCUCAAGAAAGAGAACAGAUCAAGACUCUCAACAACAAGUUUGCCUCCUUCAUUGACAAGGUCCGAUUCUUGGAGCAGCAAAACAAAGUCCUUGAGACCAAAUGGGAUCUCUUACAACAGCAGGGGACCCAAGUUCAGAGACUCAAUCUUGAGCCUCUUUUUGAAGGAUAUAUUAACAACCUCAGGAGACAACUUGAAUCUCUGUCAAAUGAACGGGGAAGACUGGACAUGGAGCUGAGGAAUAUGCAAGACAUGGUGGAGGACUUUAAGAACAAAUACGAAGAGGAAAUUAACAGACGAACAGGGGCGGAGAAUGAAUUUGUCGUGCUCAAGAAGGAUGUGGAUGGUGCCUACAUGAACAAGAUUGAACUUGCUAGCAAAUCAGACUCAAUGAAUGAUGAAAUUGAGUUCUUGAAAGCCCUGUUUGAAAUGGAAUUAUCUCAGAUGCAGCAGCAAGUAUCAGAUACCUCUGUUGUAUUGUCCAUGGACAACAACAGAAGCCUGGACUUGAAUAGCAUAAUUGCUGAGGUUAAGGCGCAGUAUGAAGAUAUUGCCAACAGGAGCCGGACUGAGGCCGAAUCAUGGUAUCAAACCAAGUAUGAAGAGCUACAAGUGACUGCUGGGCGCCAUGGGGAUGACCUUCGCAGCGUAAAGACAGAAAUUUCUGAUCUUAAUCGGAUGGUCCAGAGACUGCGAAGUGAAAUUGAUGCUGUGAAGAAACAGAUUGCCAACCUUCAGGCAGCCAUUGCUGAGGCUGAAGGUCGUGGUGAAAUGGCCCUCAAGGAUGCUAAGCAAAAGCUGGGUGAAUUGGAGGAAGCUUUACAGAGAUCCAAACAAGAACUGGCCCGGCAACUCAAGGAAUAUCAGGAGCUCAUGAAUGUCAAACUGGCCCUUGACAUCGAGAUUGCCACCUACAGGAAGCUGCUAGAAGGAGAAGAAUGCAGGCUGCAAGAAGGCAUUGGAAAUGUCAGCUAUUCUGUAGUCAGCAGCACUACCACCAGUGGAUAUGGUGGUGGAACUGGCCUGGCCGUGGGAGGAGGUUUCGGCGGAGGAAGUGCUGCAGGACUCGGAGGAGGAUAUGGAGUUGGAAUUGGUGGCGGUGGUGGCGGCGGCUAUGGCAUUAGCUCUGGCAGCAACUAUGGAGGAGCUGGUUUUGGUUCAGGGUUUAGCAGUGGAGGUGGGAGCUCUUUCAGUAGUGGAGGAGGUCGCCAUUCCUCAGGUGGAGGAGGAGGUUCCAGUGUAAAAAUUGUAUCAAAAACCAGUACAAGCAGGAAAACUGCCUAUUAAAGUCGGGCCCUGCUCUUCCUCCUGAAUGACAAUUCGCAUAACCAUGCUCAUCAUGCCUGUUGUGUAAAUAACGCCAAGGGAAAACAAAAACCAAAAUCAAGCGCUUUUCCUCUCUGACACUUUCACCUUUUCCAUCAAGGUCUAGCUCUAACAUUAAUCUGGAUAUCUGCAUCCAACACACUCGAUCUAUUCCUCUCUUGGAACUUGAUCUGUCAUGCCUGAAACAGAGUUUCUCCACCUAUAGCACAGCUUUAGCAGGAAGUUGGUUUACAGAAGGAAAUGCAACCAUAUUAAGUGAACCAUUUGUGUAACCGUUUAAAGAAGGAUCUCAGAUCAAGAGGGUCUCUAUGUAGAUCAGUGAGAGGGUUGUGAGUCAUACAUGCAAAAAAAAAAAAAAUUCUGCAGUAUACCAUUUGAACAAUACUUCUGCAAUUGCAGCAUCAGCCAUUCAAUGAACAUCAGAAAUCUAAAGGGUGUCAAUCUUGCGCUAAACAUUUCUCUAACAAAACCAGUUCCUGCAACCUAGCCUUAUUAUUCACAAUAUCUUUUAUUUUGUGCAAGAGACACUCAAGUUUUGCCAGUUAUUGUACUUCUGAACACAUGCAAAAUAAAUGUAUUUUAGAGGAGGGUCAUGCAGAAAACCAGUAAUUGUAAACACCUUCUUGGUUUCUUUGAUACAAUGUGUUAGCUCUGAUAUAUA